CUAUUACAUCAAAUUUUUCCCAACAGUGUUGUUUCUCUGAAAUUUUUAGUUUAAUGUGAUAUAUUUGUUUUUUUUUAAACAAUUGAUGUCAAAGCACUAAAACAUUAUUAUAGUGAUUAAAUAAAUCAUUAGUCCUUGGAAAGUGGAAGGUUUCUCACAGAAGAAGACGUCUGGAGACUGGAACGAUCCAUUCAUCACUCUUUUCUUACCUCCAACAAUCGAAUACAUACAAUUUUGCAAAGUUGAAAGCUUUAAAUCAUCAACAACAACAGAAUCCCAGGCAGUGUUUUGGGGUGCUGAUUUGUUUGAAGGGGACUAAGGAGGUUAAGAUGGCGAUGAUGCAUGGGGAGUAGAACUGGUGCAGAAGAGAAGAUGAGAAGAAGGCCGUAGUGAUGCCGAGCUUUGAUCCUCAGUUACCAAUUUCAAACGCAAUUUGUGUAGAGGGAAGCACAAUCCAUCCUCACUGUGCUACUUAUUUUGGGGUGUUCUUAGAGGACGAUGCUAUUGACCUGAGUCCAGGUGCUGUGUUCAAUUCAGCAAAAGAAAGAACGCAAGCAAUCCCUUCUGACCCCCUCACUAGUGGUGCUUUGGACAAGAAACAGUCAUCUUCUGUCCAAGUGGAGUCUCAGAGGUUACCAUUAGAAAAAGUUCAAAGGUUAAACCGGGUUUCUAUACCAAGUGUUGGUACAGAAAACUGGGGGGAGACUCAGAAGUUACUGUUAGAAAACAUUCAACAGUCAAACCAGGUCUCUAUACCAAGUGUUAAUACUGAGAACUGGGGGGAGACAAAUAUGGCUGAUGCUAGUCCGAGGACUGAUAUCUCAACAGAUGCAGACACAGAUGAUAAAAAUCAAAGGUUUGAUGGAAGUCUAUCUACAGCUCUUGUGGCGUCUGAUUCCAGUGACAGAUCAAAGGAUAAAAUGGACCAGAAGACUCUUCGUAGGCUUGCUCAAAAUAGAGAAGCUGCAAGAAAAAGCCGUUUGAGGAAGAAAGCAUAUGUCCAGCAGCUGGAGAGUAGCCGGUUGAAGCUAACCCAACUGGAACAGGAGCUUCAACGGGCACGGCAGCAGGGAAUUUUCGUAUCAAGCUCAGGAGACCAAUCUCAUUCAAUGAGUGGAAAUGGGGCCAUGGCAUUUGAUGUAGAAUAUGCACGAUGGCUGGAGGACCAAAAUCGACAAAUUAAUGAGCUGAGAUCAGCUGUCAAUUCUCACACUGGUGAUACAGAACUUCGUAUUAUCAUUGAUGGUAUAAUGGCUCAUUAUGAUGAAGUUUUCAGGCUGAAGAGCAAUGCAGCCAAGGCUGAUGUUUUCCAUUUGCUGUCUGGCAUGUGGAAGACGCCUGCAGAGAGGUGUUUUUUGUGGCUUGGUGGCUUCCGUUCAUCUGAACUCCUCAAGCUUCUUGUGAAUCAAUUGGAGCCUUUAACAGACCAGCAGUUGGUGGGCAUUGGCAACUUGCAGCAGUCCUCCCAACAGGCAGAAGAUGCAUUAUCUCAAGGGAUGGAGGCAUUGCAGCAGUCCCUGGCUGAGACAUUGUCCAGCGGAUCUCUUGGCUCCUCAGGUUCCUCUGGAAACGUGGCAAAUUACAUGGGUCAGAUGGCCAUGGCCAUGGGAAAACUAGGCACCCUCGAGGGAUUUAUUCGCCAGGCUGACAAUUUGAGGCAGCAAACAUUACAGCAAAUGCAACGAAUAUUAACCACCCGUCAGUCUGCUCGUGCUCUCCUCGCAAUACACGAUUACUUCUCCCGUUUACGAGCUCUUAGUUCCCUCUGGCUUGCGCGACCGAGAGAGUGAAUCUGCUUUGCAUCUGAACUCUAGUUCUGCACAAAAAUCACAAAGGCUCAUUCCACAUCCAGCAGUGCUUCUUGUUUCUAGUGCUCAAAAUAGCUUUUCUUUUCUGCAUUCCUCUUGUUGUAGUCUCAGAUGUAUCAUGGUGCUGUUCUUUCUUUCAUACUAAUCAUCUUAGAGCAUAGAAUUGGAGUCCUUCAAGUACAGUAUGCAUCGAUGUUAAUUAUUUGUAGCCUGAUGAUCGUCUUCCUGUUUUCAUUUUAUCCACAGUUGUAAUGGUAAGUUUAGAAUAUGCUGUCCUUGUACUUGACAAUCUCGAAAUGAUUUUGAAAGUUGAGAAACUUUCAUUUUGAGUUGAUUUA